CCUGAGCCCGUAGACUCUUCAGCAAUCCACCAAGAGCAGACCUCUCAGUCACAUUUCUCUUUAAAGUCACAGUUUCAAAGCUAAGCAUUAGAAAGCGAUCAUUUGCUGUUUGCAUUCUCGCCUGCGAAAUUGUGAAAAGUCGAAGGACCAAAAAACUUUUAUUUUUGGCAUUUUGUUGUUUUUUGUUGUUUUUUUUAACUUUAAAGGAUUCAAGUUUGUCAGUCAAGCUGUGCGCCCUCACAGACUGUCACUGCAGUCUUUGGGCACAGCACUUGGAUUUAGAAAGAAGGAUUUUCUUUCUUUUUUUACUGCGAGAAGCUGUUCUUUAAUUCUUUCGCAUGAAUCUCCUCGACCCUUACCUGAAGAUGACAGAAGAACAGGAGAAGUGUCACUCUGACGCUCCCAGCCCCAGCAUGUCUGAGGACUCCGCAGGCUCACCGUGCCCGUCCGGGUCCGGUUCGGACACGGAGAACACCCGGCCGUCCGACAACCACCUCCUUUUGGGUCCAGACUACAAGAAGGAGGGCGAAGAAGAAAAGUUCCCCGUGUGUAUCAGAGAUGCGGUGUCCCAGGUGUUGAAGGGCUACGACUGGACGCUGGUGCCCAUGCCGGUGCGCGUUAACGGCUCGAGUAAAAGCAAACCUCACGUCAAAAGACCCAUGAACGCGUUCAUGGUCUGGGCUCAGGCUGCACGGAGGAAGCUUGCCGAUCAAUACCCGCAUCUGCACAACGCAGAACUCAGCAAAACCCUGGGCAAACUUUGGAGAUUGCUCAACGAAGUAGAGAAGCGUCCGUUUGUAGAAGAAGCUGAGCGUUUGAGGGUCCAGCACAAGAAGGACCAUCCCGACUACAAGUAUCAGCCAAGGCGGAGAAAAUCUGUCAAGAACGGGCAAAACGAUCCCGAGGACGGCGAGCAAACCCACAUCUCUCCAAAUGCGAUCUUCAAGGCGCUGCAGCAGGCCGAUUCUCCAGCGUCUAGCCUGGGCGAGGUGCACUCUCCAGGAGAGCACUCAGGUCAAUCCCAGGGCCCACCAACACCCCCGACAACCCCCAAGACAGACCUCCCCUCCAGCAAAGCUGACUUGAAGCGUGAGGGGCGCCCCAUGCAAGAAGGCACCAGUCGCCAGCUCAACAUCGACUUUGGAGCUGUGGACAUUGGCGAGCUGAGCAGCGAGGUCAUCUCCAACAUGGGGAGCUUUGAUGUUGAUGAGUUUGACCAGUACCUGCCGCCUCACAGCCAUGCUGGGGUGAAUGGAGCAGCUCAGGCUGGCUACACUGGCAGCUACGGCAUCAGCAGCUCCUCAGUCAGCCAGGCAGCCAAUGCUGGCGCCCACGCCUGGAUGUCCAAGCAGCAGCAGCAGCACUCUCUGACCACCUUGGGUGGAGGAGGAGAGCAAGGCCAGCAGGGUCAACAGAGAACCACCCAGAUCAAGACAGAGCAGCUGAGCCCCAGCCACUACAGUGAGCAGCAGGGCUCCCCACAGCAUGUCACUUAUGGGUCCUUCAACCUGCAGCAGUACAGCACCUCCUCUUACCCCUCCAUCACAAGAGCACAGUAUGACUAUUCAGAUCACCAAGGUGGUGCCAACUCCUACUACAGCCACGCGGCUGGCCAAGGCUCUGGCCUGUACCCCACCUUCAGCUACAUGAGCCCCAGCCAGAGGCCGAUGUACACCCCGAUCGCCGACAACACCGGGGUUCCCUCUGUACCCCAGACCCACAGUCCGCAACACUGGGAGCAGCAGCCCAUUUACACACAGCUCUCCAGGCCAUGAGGAGGAGGCCUCAGCACUGACCCUGCAACACAACACCCAUCCCAUGCAUAGACUUCUUUCUGACAGGUGGCCUUUGUGCCACCACGCCACACAUCCUUCAUUGCCAACAGAAAAACAUGACAAGGACUUUUUUAUAGUACUGAAAAUAUAUCUUUGGAUUGGCUCACAACAGUGCCUUUUGUAUUGGUUGGAAUUGUGAUUAUAUUUUUUUAGAUAUAAUGUUUUAAAAAAGUUAAAUCCUCUGUGAGGACAAACUGGUUAUAAAUAUUUUAGUAUGUACUGUGUAUGUGUUCUGCUCUUGUCAUCAUCAUCAUCAACAUUAUCAGUGUCAUCAGCAUCCUCAUCAUCAUGAUUUGAAGGUUUAACACAUCUAAAGGAGCAGGAAUGCCGGGUAUAAACACCCUCAGUGGCCUUACUUCUCACUAAUGUAUUUCUUGUACAGAAGUAAGAAACAUCUGUUUACUGACACUGCCGUCUUAUAAUAGCCUACAUUCUGCUUUGAAUUUUUGUACUGUACAUAUUUUAUUGUAAUUCCCAGGAGAUGCAAGAAUUGAGCAAUGCAGGUUCGAAAUAGAUUUGAAUUUUUGGCCAUGAUAUGACCGUGUCAUCAGUGAAUUAGUCAAAUAUUCUACUUCUUGUUCUUUGCUUUAGCUCUAAUUAUUGUUGGAAACGCUAUAGCAGGUGCCAUGUAAUUCUACUAGGGGCCUUACUGUGUUGGUAGAUGUAACUGAACAUUUUAACUGGGUACUGCCUUGAUACCAUUGGUGCCUCUGGAGCCACAGUAGGGAGGCUCCGUCCACUGGCAUUGCAGUGUCAAAACCAUAGCAUAAUUCUGGCUUCCUGCUUGAGGAGAUACAGGAAGUGACCUUUGACCUGACUCUCCUCAGCAGCCAGCAGGUCUGAGUCUGGCGUGCUUCUAUCAUUCCUACAGCCCCAUCCUUUUUCCUAACCUUUUUCUUAAUUUAUUCUUUAGCAUUAAUUUUAUUUGAAAAUAACUAUUUGCAAUUAUCUUUUUAAUUCAGCCGCAGCUAACUGAGAUGAAAAGUUUUCAGUGGAAUAGUUUGCUGUCAUAUGUGGUACAAAUUUGUUUAUUUAUCAUUUGUAAUUGUUUCCGUAUAAAAGGUUCUUUUAUUCAUGAUCUAGUUAUGUACAGAUUACUUAUAAUUACACGAUGAGUCUUUCUCUAAAAAAAGAAAAACUGGAAGUUUUCUCUUUUUUUCAUUCUAACAAAUGAAUUAAUGGAUAUGGAAGCUGCGCCUGUUUUUGUAAAGAAUUUGCUGGAAUCAACAGGAUACUUUUUGUUAUUGAAAAAAGUUGUGUUCCUCAUUUUAUAUUCUGUAUCAUUAGUUCUCAUUUCGUCAUCUUCUUAAUGCAGUUUCCGUAGGUAAACAUGGCAUUGUCUUAAAAGCUUAUCUUUUGUAUUAUAUUGUUUGCAAUAAAAACAAAACACUGAGAAAUA